GAAUGGCGACGCAAACAAAAGACGACUUCCACUUGGGAAGGAACCUACUUGUCACAUUUUCAUCUGCCCUCACAUUGCAACAUUCAAUUCGUCCCGUAGAUCUGCUAUUCGGAUAUAUUUAACCUCUCCCUAUUAAAACAGACUUCUUUUAAUCAGGAUGACGGAAGUGAUUGGUCUGACACCUCUUCCAGGGGUGGAGUAUCCAUUAACUGUUACAUACUGUGGUAAUUGCACUAUGCCAGUUGAGUACUGUGAAUAUUACCCAGCAUAUGACAAGUGCAAACAAUGGUUAGAGAAGAAUCUUCCUGAUAUGUUUGAAGAAAUGAUGGCCGGUGGUAAAUCCAGUGCUGGAACUGAUGAUGCUGCUGAUGAAGAGAAGAAACGUCAAAAACGAGGAGGCAAAGGCAUGGUCAAAGCAAAGAAGAAGGCUGAUGAUGGACCACGUAAAGUAGUUGUGUUUGUAGCACCUCGUGGAAAGAAGCGUAACACUGUCAUAACGGGACUUAAAACCUUCAAUAUUGACUUAAAAGUAGCGGCAAAAUUUUUUGGAACAAAGUUUGCCUGUGGCUCAUCUGUAACUGGUGAUGAUGAGAUUGUUGUUCAAGGUGAUAUUAAAGAUGACCUUUUGGAUCUUAUUCCUGAGAAAUGGCCUGAGAUUGAUGAAGAUAGUGUCGAAGAUGGUGGUGAACAUAAGCGUUAGGGGAAUGUCAUGAGUAUCCACUAAGAAAUUGGUAUGUAAUAUUGGUUAAUUAAAUAAAAUUAAAUUUUC